CAGCAGUUGAAGCUGCUGCCAGCCGAUAAUGUCCCAUCCCUGGCCAACGGUUACCAUCCGCUAUAUGCUCGAGUCAUCUUGGACGCAGUUCAAGAUCGCGCAUCUCUGAGCCAUGGCAUCGACUGCUGCUGAGUGGCCGCUGCUCUCGGCUGCAGUUCUGGUGACGCGCGAGUGUUUUCCGGCUGCUGGCGGCGCGCUGCCCCACGUAACUCGUCGUAUUAGCGACUUUCUGGACACUUUGGGUCGAGACGGAGUCUUCGCUGCCUCCAUGCAGCGUGGCGACAGCGAGCGGGAGCUGAGCUAUCUGUACCAGCGAGAUCCGACGCCAUUGAGUCAAAAUAUGGUGCGUCAUGCAGCUGCAAUGGGUCACGUGCACGUGUUGAAGUGGAUCAAGGAGCACGAGGACCAGAGCAUUAAGAACAUGUGGAAGGGCUACAACUUUUGUCCGAUGGAUGAAGCAGCCAAGAGCGGCCAUCUCAAUGUUGUCAAAUGGCUACAUGACAAUGUGAGCAGCUGUUAUGCUGGACGCGCCAUGAGCUGGGCGGCGAAUAACGGCCACUUGGAAGUUGUGAAAUGGCUACACUUGAAUCGAGACGACUUGUGCGUCAACUACGCCAUGGACUUUGCCGCUGUCAAUGGGCAUUUGGACGUUGUGAAAUGGCUACAUGGUAAUCGACGCGAAGGCUGCACGACGUGGGCUAUGGAUGGCGCAGCUACCAACGGAUAUUUGGAGGUUGUGAGAUGGCUACACUUCAAUCGAAGUGAGAGCAGCACCAAGGCUGCGAUCGACGGCGCUGCAGCUCAUGGCCAUCUUGAUGUGGUACAAUUCGUGCUUCAGAUAAUCCGACGUCAAGAUGAGAUGCAGUGGAUUGGCUGGGCGUUCACUGCCGCUACUGCUCACGGCCAUGUUGAUGUUGCCAAGUGGGUGAAGACAACGUACCCUGAUGCUUCGAGUGACAGUGCGAUCACUCUGGCACUCGCUUCUGCUAGUGACAAUGGACACGAAAACAUGAUGCAAUGGCUUCGUUCACAGCAAAUUGAACGCCGAUGACACGACACGACACUAAGGAUCAUGAUGAAUAUCGACAGUAAAAUGUAGCCAUCUUGGAUGAAGACGCAAGAUUUUUCUCCUUGACUCUGCGUUCCCUCCAGGCCCUCUAUUCUCUACAUCAAUGGUAUCUCGAAAGUAUUUACAUGCUGCGAUUACAAGUCAAUUGCUGUACUUGAAGCAGAACCGCCAGCUUCACGCAGCCUGUUU